UCUAUUUGGCGGAUCUAGAAAUUAUUCAGAACGAUGACUAUCUUACAUCAAGGAAUAUAGGUUAAGACUUAAGAUGGUUAAAUUGUUCUCCUAAAACAAUUGAAUAUAAUAUAAAGGAGCAUACAGUAGGCCGAUCUACGAUCUACCUCAUAUCGAGGAAUCAGAAUGGAACCAGAAGUGAUAUUGACAGAGAAAAUUGACAGCAAACUGAAAGUAUUUUUGGAUCACAAUGAUGCGUCUGAAAACUCCAAAGAAAUACAGAACGUUUUUAAUACAGAUGGAAGCAAAUUUAUUCCAUUUAGAUUGAUAAAGCAUGCCUUUGACAAGCAUCAAUCUACAGGACUAACAGGAGAGACUAAAGAAUACCUGAAUGAAUGGUUGGAAGGAAGUGAACUUCACAUACCAGCUUAUGAAACACCAGAAAGGAAUCAAGAACUAGAAGCUAGGAUACAAUGCUUAAAAGCAGAACAGGCUAACAGAGACUACAAAGCAAUGGUCAGAAGUGUAGACAAGGAACAGGAAAUGGAAAUAAAGAAUAUUGGGGCAGAGGUGAAAGCAUUGAACACCCAUAUUUGGACAUUUAUAAACUUUGUGAUAACAGUGGUUGGAGCUUUUGCAUUUGGAUACAAAGCUACAGAAUAUACCUUCAGUGGAGGAAAUGCAUUUGUAGCACAAAUGGUUACUGGACUCAUAUUUGCAACAAUAGUAUUUUUUGCCGAUCUUUACUUUAUGGUUAAACAAAUAUCAUGACAAAUUUUCAUGUUACUCAUCAUGACUCAUACACUGUCAUAUUAAAUGUUUAAUUCAGAAGUAAAAAUGACAGCAUUUUUUUUUUACGUAAUAUAUACAGUACAUUAUAUUUAUAUAUAUUGUAUAUCAUGUAUACGGAUUCAAUACUUAUAUAAAUUU